UAAAAAGGGUUCACUUUGUAUAUAACAUAUGAAUACAUAAAGCAAUUGUGAAAAAACAUUAGAAAACAUUGGAAAACAUUAACAUUGAGUCACAUAAACAUUGAAUUGAAGUGAAUGUCGAGUCAGUCAUCAAUUGAUUAAAUCAAUCGAUUGAUUGCUUUUAAUAAAAACAAAUUAACGACAAUUAGCUGUGAAUUACAACUCAUUGAAUACAAAACAGUUAACUAAAAGACAUUUACCGAUAAUAUUGACUGACUUGAAGACCACUUAAAUGAAGACAUGAAUCUAACAUUUUGUUACCGACUUGUGGUCACAAUAUUUCUUGUGAUAAGUCUUCACUUAAACCGAUUUCUUAACAAAUGUUGCGUUCAUUCACAGUCAGUAAAUCAAAUAAAUUAUAUGAGAGACGAUUCAUUAGAUACGUUGUCAUCAGAGGUGACAUCGAUUCUUAGAUUUACUCCACAAUCACUUCAUUUUAAUCAUCAUUCAAUUGGUAUCCCAUAUAUUCAAAAAGUCUUAGUCGAAAAUAUACAAAAAGAUAAUUCAAUACAAAUGUUAUCCAUAUCUGGAAAUACUGUUCAUUUUCACUGUUCCUUCUUUGAAGAUAAAGUGAUAGAGUCCGGCGGUAACACCACAUUUGAAGUGGUAUUUCUGGCCCGAACUGAAGGACCCGUUAAUAACACGUUAUAUAUUCACACGUCUUUGGGUUCUUUUAAAUACAGAGUGACAGCUAUUGGUGUAUCAAAUCCAUUCAGAUUGAGGCCAUUUAUUGGCGCCAAAGUGCCCAUCAAUUCUUCAUAUGCACCACUCAUUCACAUCUAUAAUCCUCACAACUCAACACUUCAGUUAACAGAAAUGUAUACAACUGGUGGUGGAUUACAUCUUGAGCUGCCAUCAGGCGAUCCCGAGGGACCAAAAACUCUUUGGCAAAUCGCACCGUUUGAAACUAAAACCAUAAUGAGAGCCAAUUUCUUAGCUCGAAGUGAGAAAAAUCAUACCUCAUAUAUAAGGAUUAAAACCAAUAGUAGUGCCGAACAAUUUGUGAUAUUACCGGUUGAAGUGGAAGUUUCAUCGGCGCCGGGAAUAUAUUCACCAAUUGAUAUGUUAGACUUUGGUGUUAUGCGUACUCAAGACGAGCCGCGAACAGUUCCCAUUCAACUGCUGAACGCCGGCUCCAAACAAAUUCAAAUCCAGAAUGUGAUCGCAACGCCAGUUAACGAAGCGCUUACUAUUGAUUUCACGGCACCGGUAAAAGUGAUGCCAAACAUAUACCACACGACUGAUAUCGCUACUGUAACUCUUACGCCAAGCAAAAUAACUCAAUGUAUAAAGCAAUGCAUCGGUAAAAUAGUAGUAAAAUCUAAGAACAAUCAGUACAAACUUGCCAUUCCUUACUCAGUCAGACUAUUACAAGGAUAUCUAAGUUUUAAUGAAUCGCAAACACAAUUUUAUAUUCAAGCAAAUUCAGUACAAGAAAAGCGGACUUUAUAUUUAAACAAUAAAUUUAACACAAGUAUAGCAAUUAAUUCGAUAUCACUGCCAGAUGAAGCCAAACCAUACUUUAAGGUUACAUUAGUUUCGCGCACUGUUACCAUAUUUGAGAAUUCAAAAGAAGCUGCGCUUAAGAUUACUUUUACUCCAUCAUCUCAUUUGACUCAUUUGGAAACAACUUUCCGAUUAAACACAAAUCUCAGUUAUUUUGACGUUCCCUUACAAGCCUAUAGCGGCAAAUUAGAUGUGUUUAUUCCUCAAUCGUUGAAUCAAACGGUUCUUGAUUUUGGUGCCAUUGGUUUAGGAGAGAAAAAGUCUAUGACUUUUGCUGUGAUAAAUAAUAAUCCAGUUGUAGUUAAAUUGAAACACUGGGGCUGUAAUAUGAGUAAAGCUUAUGUUGAGCUAAUGGGCAUCGCUGAAGGAAAUGCAACUAUUAUAUCACAUAAAUUGGAUUUUUCCACACUUUCUAAAAAACAAAUAACAAUUUUGAAACCUAAAUAUUAUGCAAUAUUUAAACUUCAUUUAAUGGGCUUUCAAGACGAAGGUGUAUAUUAUGGCGAGACAUUUGUAGAGACACCAAAUGAGAGACUUAGUAUACCAUUUGUUGUGCACGCAGUUGAGGGAAGUUUUGUCUUACACGACAUAUCUAUUGUUAACUGCUUUCCGGGACGUAUAUCAUCACAAAGUGUUCAAAUUACCAGUUAUUUCACACAUGAACUCAAAUACAAGUCAAGUCUUAUUGUACCCGAAGACGAACGCUUUUCAUUGCAGGUGAACAACUCAGUUGUCAGAUAUGGUCACAACUAUAUCGGGAAACUAUAUUUUGAUCCAAUCAAAAGUUGCGGCAAACUAUGUUACUCUGGUCUCGACACAUCCAAAGAAGUGGGACAUCUAUGGCUUCUGGGUAUUGGUCUUCAUCCCGACACUGGAUAUAUUGAUAAAGAAUUGCAUAAAUUAUUAUACAGUCGUUGGACUAAUUUAAAAGAGACGGAGAAAAAUAUAAGUGUCAUAUUAAAAGUAGCCAUUGAUGGUGUUAGUCCACUGUCCAUUCCCGCUGAGGCACAAUUACAAUGGCCACGACUAAUUAAUAAAAAAGUGGUCAAAUUCCCGAUUACACGGGUUGGAAAUAUAACAAACAAAGAGAUAAUGAUUGAGAAUCCGUCCUCUCAAGUCUUACUAAUCCAAGUGGUCUUACUAUCAGAUUAUCCAAAUCCUGAAGCAAUUUUACAUCUAUUUAAGUCAGGUUUUCGCACUCAAUGGUCUGACGCUGAGCUAAACGCAGCCGAAACUAAACCCAAAAGUUUUCAUUUAACAAAUUUGACUUCAGAUGAGAUGAUAUCUAAUAGGAAAAGCAUUAAAGAAGCUAUUGGUGUGAAUCCUGAUUUUAAUUCAUUAACAUUUCUGAUGCCAUUUGGAACCCGAAAAAAAGUUUCUAUAAGUUUUGUCCCAAAAGAUGACUCAGCUCUAGUGUCGACUAUUUUAUUAAUUCGAAACAAUUUGACAAUAAUUGAUGCAAUUUUACUUCAAGGACAGGGAGGGAAUGGAAUAUUGAAAAUUGGAAAUCAAUUGCCGGGACAUAAAUCUAGUCUUUCAUUUGAAUUACUUGAAAAACACUUAAAAAGUUGUUCGAAAUCGAAGAGCAGUCAAUCGACAACUAGCGGUUCGUUUCCAAUUGAACCCACAUUUACAGUCCACCGAACCUUUACAGCUGUUAACGUCGGAAAGCUUUCGAUGCGAAUAAACGGUUUUGCAAUCGGACCCCAAAAUGGUGGCACAGCUAUGACUUGUCAGGGAUUUGGAUUUAAGGUUAUAAAUUGCAAUCCAUUUGAUUUGAGACCUAACGAGAAUCGCAAAAUCCAUAUCGCAUUUACACCUGAUUUUACACAAUAUAAGGUUAAGCAUACGUUAACCAUAUUAACAGAUAAUCCAAAUGAAAAGAUUGAGUACGCAUUGGUGGCAACACUACCCAAACAUUUGCUUCCUAUUUGCAAUCAAUCACUGCCGCGUCCCAACUGGGAGGCCGUCCUUUACUAUUGUUUGGUAACAAUGAUGUUAUUCAUGAUUUUGUUGGCCAUAUGUGUGGCAUUCUUCGAUGGCGACAGAAUUCUUAAUUUCUCAUUCUAUCCGGUGCUUACAACUUAUACAGUGACUACUUUCGAGACCAAUAACACUGUCACUGAAAAUAUUAAUGAAAAUAUGUAUCAAAGAGUUAAAUUAUGUGUUGAAGAGUCUAAAGAUAAUAAUAAUAAAUCAAAUACUAAUGUUAGACAAAGAAAACAGAAGAAUAUACGCAACCCUAAGGAAGAAUUAAACAAUGAAGUAACUAAUGGUCGUAUAUAUGACGGCCAGACGUGGGCUCAGUUCUUAAAGAAGAAAUUUGUACGACGAGACUCAUCCAGUAGUGAUAAAAGUAAUGGUAGUAAUAAUAAUAUGCAUUUAUUGACAACUCAAACAAUAACAUCAAAAAAUAAUCAAAUUAGUGGUGAAAAUAUCAAAAGUAAAGAGUCGUUGAAUGCGAUAAAUAGCGAUAAAAACAUAAUAACUAAUAAAACGAAAACAAAAAAGAAUCCGAAGAAUGAAAUAGAAAAUAAAUUAAAUAAUAAUAAAAAGAAAAUGAAUUAUUCAACAAAACUUGAAAAUCUAACAAAUGUUGUAUCAUUUCCUCCGCCACCACUUCCAGAGUUUGCCUCAUCUUUCGAUGAAAAAGACUUUAUUAAGAACACAAAGAUUUCUAAGAAACAGCGAACCGGUUCUGUUAAUAGUCAUGAGUCAAACAGUGGGCCCUCCAGUCUGGAGCUUCCAUAUAAAAUUAAAAGCCAUUCAACUUCUAAUACUUUAUAUAAUAGUAAAAUAACGACUAAGAAAUCAAAGAAAGAAGAGUCAGUUGCAGACGAUAAUGAGUCGUACCAUUCAUCUAAUGAUUCAAUUAUAUGGGACACACCUAUCAGUACUUUUGAAUCUGAAAAAUCUAUGAAUGAAAUUCUCAAACAAACAGAAAUUUUUGCCGAAAAAAAUGCAUCUUUAGAUCAAAAUUUGAAACAUAAAUCAAAAUCAAAAGAACAAUCUAAGUAUUCGUUUCCACAAAAUCGUGAGUCGUCUAUGUUUGGCAAUUGGACUAAUAUGAGACCCUCAACACCUCCGGUCUCGUCAACACAUCAUUUAACAGAUGAUAUUUCGUCGCAGAGGAGAACACCGCCUCAUAAGUUCAAUCAGGCAAUUGAACGACCCAUACCAUCAAAUCCGUGGUUUACCACAAGUAAUCCAGACUCGAAUCAGGUAAAUGGUAGCAAUACUUUGGACAGUGAAUUGAAUCAAUUGAGAGCUACAUCUUCGCCGUGGAAUUCAAACAAUAAUUGCAGUGUUGAGUCACAACAGGAUAUAAUAAAAAACAAUAAUAAUUGGGAUCUUUUUACUGGAAUUGAAUCGACUAAAGACUUGUGGAGUCCUGUGCCUAACAAUAACAACACAUCCAAAUGGUCCGCUCCCUCACAGAUCCCGAACUCGACUACUAGUCAGUCGACAUCCCUUUGGAACGAUUCAUUCGCUAAUGAUUUGUGGAAUGCAAAGCCUAAUGAUAUCAACAAUACUUGGACUGACUAUUCAACUAUUGGUGGCAACAAUUUGAUGACAAAAGAUAAUCCAAAACCAAACACGACAAACACUAUUUCUGAUUCAAUGGAUUCGUCAUUUAAUUUGUUUGGUCGUAGUCUAUGGAGUCCUUUGUCGGCGACUUCAAACUCAAACGCAGAAAAUACAAACACUUUAACAACUACUGGAUCGACCACUUCGUCGUCUUCGAGCACCUGGUCUUUCACUCCCUUCUCGUUGUUUGGCUCUUCUUCACAAUCAACUCAAUAUAAUCGUAAUAAUGAACAACAAAAAUAA